AAACGAGGGGAGAAAAAAAAAAAAAAAUACCCACCACCACCUUCUUUGCUUGUUGUCUAAUUCAAUAAUCAACCUAGAAGAUCGGGGAGAUUCUGAAUGAAAUCUGCCGAAUCUUGCUUUCCAAACUGUCCAGAUUUCCUACAGGAUUUGUAUGACUCUAUGCCUUCCCAUUUAAAACUAUCCUACCUUCUCUUCUUUCUCUUCAUCUCUCUUCUACCAACUCUUUAAUUUCUUGGUGUUCUUGUCUUUCAUACAUCUUUCUUGAAAUUAUGGGUAUGGCUGCAGAGUCUCAUCAAUUCCAUGUUCUUGCUGUUGAUGAUAGUCUCAUUGACAGAAAGUUGAUUGAAAGGCUCCUUAAAACAUCUUCCUAUCAUGUUACUACAGUUGAUUCAGGAAGCAAGGCCUUGGAGUUUCUGGGUUUGAAUAAAGAUGAACAGAUUGAUUCAAUCCCUACCUCUGUUGAAGUUAAUUUGAUCAUUACAGAUUACUGUAUGCCAGGAAUGACAGGCUAUGAUCUCCUUAGAAAGAUUAAGGAAUCUAAAUCUUUCAAGGACAUCCCAGUUGUGAUUAUGUCCUCAGAGAAUGUUCCAUCAAGAAUUAAUAGAUGCUUGGAAGAAGGAGCUGAAGAAUUCUUUCUGAAGCCAGUUCAAUUAUCAGAUGUGGACAAGCUUAGACCCCAUUUAAUGAAGGGAAAAUCUCAAGAAAAUGAGCCUAACAACAAGAGGAAAGGAGACAUAGAAGAAUUUCACUCACCAGACAGAACAAGAACAAGAUAUGAUGACUUGGAAGUUGUCUGAUUAAUAAUAUAAUUAUAGAGGAUAGUAUAGGAAAUUCCUAUAAACAUUUUUCCUCUUCUUUUUAAAUUUCUUUAUUUUUUUUUUCUUUUUCCCUUUGAAUUGAUAAGUCUCAUAUAGACAAUAAGAUCUGACUGAGACUAUCUACUAAUUUUAGGAUGAUCCAAAUAGGUUCCAUUGUAAAUUUACUGAAAUGAAAAUAUUCAUUCAAGUUUUGUUCUUCAAUGACUAUU